UUUUAGGCGUGUAUUGUCAUCGUAAUAGAGUAUUUUAUACUUAGAUGCCUGCAAGCACCAUUUAAAGGCGUGUGGCUAAUACUUUCUAGUAAAUUAGACUUUGGGUGACAAAGUGGCGGAAGCAUGAUGUAUUGUAUCAUAAAUCUCGAAAAAAUACAGCAGCGCAUAUAUUAGACUAGAAUAUCUCUGAUUACGCGGCGGUAUAUCUUAUUGGACAAAGUGCAAGGGAAUGUUUCCACUGCCGAGUCUAGAAUGGCCUAAAGGAUGUAGAGAAGACGCCAAAUAUUCGGGUUAUAUCUUUUAUAUUAAUGCAAUAAGAGAAGUGCACAUAACAAAGUGUAUAUACGUAAAAUUGCAUAAAGUAUCCGCAGCUGUUCUGGAUUAGUAAGAUAAGUGAAUCUCAUUUGUUUUAUAUCAUAAUUAUAUAAUUAAUAUGUAAAUAUAAAUGAUUUACAGAAAUGCAGUGUGUUUUAGGGCGAGCGUUAAAAGAUGUCAUUUUAUAUGUGUGAUGAAUAAUUAAAUCUUUUUGUGGUGA